AUGCACGACGAGCCGCCCCACCAGCUGCAGCAGCCGCGCCAGCAACGGCACGCCGCGAGCCUUGCGGCUGCAACGGCGGCGCGGGAGGAAGAGGACGACAGGAUGGACGCGGAGGAGGAGAAGGAGGAGAAGGAGGAGGAGGAGCGAGGGGAGGAGGAAGGCUACCGAGAGAAACGUAAGGAACGGGGGGAAGGAGUGGAGCGAGAGGAGAAGGCGACAUUAACGCAAGGGGAAGGCGUGAUUAAUUCUGAUCCUUCUACUACCAUAAUCAGACCAUCUGGCAUAGAAUACCCGAAGGCGGGAUUAGCCAUGGCUGACGGUGCUAGUGCCGGGGAGGAAGUCGUGACGGACGUGUUGACGGACUCGUUCGGGCGGCAGCACAGCUACCUGCGCAUCUCGCUGACAGAGAGGUGCAACCUGCGGUGCUCCUACUGCAUGCCCGCCGAAGGGGUGGAGCUCACUCCGAAAGAACACUUGCUUUCAACGGACGAGGUCAUUCGCCUGGCGGCUGUGUUUGUGUCGCAAGGCGUGACUAAGAUAAGGCUCACAGGCGGCGAACCCACAGUCAGACGAGACAUUGUGGACAUUUGCCAGUCGCUCUCCGCCCUGCCAGGCCUCAGCACCCUGGCUCUCACAUCAAACGGCAUUCUUCUUCCCGCAAAGCUGCCAGCGCUGAGGGAGGCGGGCCUCACCCACCUGAACGUGAGCCUGGACACCCUGGUGGAGCCCAGGUUCGAGCUGCUCACGCGCAGAAAGGGGCAUGCGCGCGUCCUUAAAGCCAUGGACAUGUCUCUGGAUCUGGGCUUUAAGCCGCUCAAGCUCAACUGUGUGGUAAUGCGCGGGGUGAACGACGACGAGAUCCUGGACUUUGUGGCGCUCACCAGAGACCGACCCAUCAACGUGCGGUUCAUAGAGUUCAUGCCGUUUGACGGCAACGUGUGGAAGACCAAGAAGAUGGUGCCUUACGCUGAGAUCAUGGCCCGCAUUAGGCAACGCCAUCCCGACAUUGCCCGCCUCAGGGACCACCCAUCUGACACGGCGAAAAACUUUCAGGUGCCCGGAUUCGCGGGCAGCGUGUCGGUGAUUUCGUCCAUGACCAGCCACUUCUGCUCCGGCUGCACUCGCCUGCGCCUGCUGGCCGACGGGAACCUCAAAGUCUGCCUGUUUGGCCCCAAUGAGGUGAGUCUGAGGGAUGCGCUGAGGCAGGGAGCAACGGAAGAGGAGCUGCUCUCCCUAAUCUCUGCUGCGGUACGUCACCACCCUGUGUGCUUCGACUGA